AUGAUAGAUUUGGAAUUUGGAAAACAAAAAGUAAUAGUUAAAAAAUUAGAGAAUGUUAAAAGUGCGGACCGAAGUUGGUUUGAAGAGGCUGAAUCACUUUUCUAUAUGCAACAAAUGGAUGAAUAUCGUUCAAUGUUACGAUCACUUAUUGAAUUAAUGAAAGAAUGCUGGAAUUCUGAUCCGGAUAAAAGAAAAUAA